UGCAUGAUUAACAUAUCAACUCCGAGUAUCAUUUUUGCGUGUGUGUAUCAAUGGAACUGCAGUUUUACAAAAUUUUAAGCCCGGAUUUUGGAAAGAAUUAAUUGUGCAAUAAAAGGAGCUACAGGUUCAGAAUUGAAUCUUCAGUCGGAUCAUCAUAGUUUUAAAAUUAAGAAUUGAAUCAAUAUUUGAACCGUAGCAGCCACGGGGUGUCGGUACUGUGUGCGUUUAUGGAGUUAAGUCGUUUCUUCGGAUACAUUAAGGCGUAGCAGCGAAACAAGAGUUAAACCAUCAAGCUUAAUUUAGAGUUCGUUAUGUGAUAGAAUUAUCGUGAGUCUGAUUGCUAGAUUGCAGUUUGCUUCGUGUGGAAAGUGAGCAAGUGAGGCACAGUUCAUAUCUCUUUUCGGUUAGUUUGAUGAAGUAAGCCGGAUACAAUUUGUUAUAUCUGUGUGCUGUGAAUGGAAUGCGAACAAGUGUCAGGUCGGGAACCAGAAAUUAAAGGUUUCUAGGGUGUAAAAACAAAACCCAUCAAGGAUUAAUUGAAAGUCAAUUGUGCAAAGUGUCAAACAAAAAAUGUCAUCAGUACGGUGGUGUUGGGAAAUGAUUUCACUUUUGCUGUGCAUAGCUGUGAUAAAUCCAGUAUAUGGCAUUUUCGACCGACUGGUAGUGCAAACGAGCAGUGGCCCGAUCCGGGGUCGUUCGACAAUGGUGCAAGGUCGCGAAGUGCAUGUGUUUAAUGGCGUACCAUUUGCGAAACCUCCUGUUGACGGGCUACGCUUUAGAAAGCCGGUUCCAGCUGAACCCUGGCAUGGGGUGUUGGAUGCUACACGGCCGCCGCCUUCGUGCAUUCAGGAACGGUACGAAUAUUUUCCCGGAUUUGCCGGAGAAGAAAUGUGGAAUCCCAAUACUAAUGUGUCGGAGGAUUGCUUGUAUUUGAAUAUUUGGGUACCAACGAAAACCCGUCUACGUCACGGGCGAGGCCUAAAUUUUGGGAACAACGAUUACUUUCAAGACGAUGAUGAUUUCCAACGCCAGCACCAGUCCAAGGGCGGUUUAGCAAUGCUUGUAUGGAUCUAUGGAGGUGGUUUCAUGAGUGGCACGUCAACGCUAGACGUAUAUAACGCUGAAAUUCUUGCGGCGGUCGGAAAUGUGAUUGUUGCCUCGAUGCAGUACCGAGUAGGGGCCUUUGGAUUUUUCUACCUUUCACCGUAUCUCAACGGACAGGAAGAGGAUGCACCCGGUAAUGUUGGUCUCUGGGAUCAAGCAUUGGCUAUCCGGUGGCUAAAGGAAAAUGCUAAGGCUUUUGGCGGGGAUCCAGAUUUGAUUACACUCUUCGGCGAAUCUGCUGGUGGUAGUUCAGUUAGCUUACAUCUUCUAUCACCUGUCACCCGUGGUCUUUCUCAUCGAGGGAUUCUCCAAUCCGGAACAUUGAAUGCUCCAUGGAGUCAUAUGACUGCGGAGAAGGCGAUUUCAGUUGCAGAAGCUCUGAUUGAUGACUGCAACUGUAAUCUUACUUUGCUUAAGGAAUCGCCAAGUGCAGUAAUGCACUGUAUGCGCAGUGUUGACGCAAAAACUAUAUCGGUACAGCAGUGGAAUUCAUACUCCGGUAUCCUAGGGUUUCCGUCUGCCCCAACCAUUGACGGAGUGUUUAUGACAGCUGAUCCGAUGACUAUGUUGCGAGAAGCUGAUCUGGAAGGAAUUGAUAUACUGGUGGGAAGUAACCGCGAUGAAGGAACCUACUUUCUUUUAUACGAUUUUAUCGAUUACUUCGAGAAGGAUGCAGCUACCUCGUUGCCAAGAGAUAAGUUCUUGGAAAUAAUGAACACAAUCUUCAGCAAAGCGUCCGAGCCGGAGCGUGAAGCAAUCAUAUUUCAGUAUACCGGCUGGGAAAGUGGAAAUGAUGGCUACCAGAACCAGCAGCAGGUGGGAAGAGCAGUUGGCGAUCAUUUUUUCAUCUGUCCCACCAACGACUUUGCACUUGGUCUAACGGAACGCGGGGCUUCAGUCCAUUAUUACUAUUUCACUCACCGUACAAGUACCUCGCUGUGGGGUGAAUGGAUGGGGGUGCUUCACGGCGACGAAGUAGAGUAUAUUUUCGGUCAACCUAUGAACGCAUCUCUGCAGUAUCGGCAACGAGAACGCGAUCUUAGCAGGCGGAUGGUACUCUCAGUGAGCGAGUUUGCACGAUCGGGGAAUCCUGCUCUGGAAGGAGAGCACUGGCCGUUGUACACGAAGGAGAAUCCGAUAUACUUCAUUUUCAAUGCGGAAGGAGAGGAUGACUUACGGGGUGAAAAGUACGGAAGAGGUCCAAUGGCAACGGCUUGUGCGUUCUGGAAUGAUUUUCUUCCACGGUUAAGGGCUUGGUCAAUUCCACCCAAAACUUCCUGCAACCUGCUGGAACAAACGUCGGCAGCAAAUGUGUUCUAUCUGGAUAUUCAAAUCGUUGCGGUGCUCACUGUCAUAACGUUGCUGAGAUUAUUCUAAAUAUGUCCACCGAUCGGCCCCUCUGAUGUUAAUUCACCCAGGAGAAUGUAGAGCUUUACACAUGACCACUUCUCACUAACGGUAAAUUAGAGGAAAGUAAUGUUUACCAACUUUAAUAUCUCGACAUGCUACGACUUAACAAGGACAAUUAAAUUAAACAAUCAUAAAACAUAAAAUUUGAUCAAAAUUGCGCGUACGGUGAAUUGAAAAUAGUCCGAAGAAACUGUGAGAUUUUAUAAAUCUGAAUAAGAUCAGUGGCAGGAACGAAAAAUGAACUUGAUCCUUCAUAAGCUAUGACUGGUGAGGCGCGGGCGCUUCUUACACCAACUUAAUGUUGACACAACACUUUGCACGCUGCUAGAGGACCCAAUUGAAACAACAUGUGACACCGAAAAACGAAGCAAGUUCAGUACCACGAGACACUAUCUCGACACGAAACUGAAUGUGUAGACAGAUACUUGUUAGAUGUGCGGUUGAUUUGAAUGCUUCAUGUGAAUUAUAUUUUUACAAAGAAAUUCGUUUUUUAUUAAGCCAUUUUGAGCUGGCUUUGGUUAAUUUAAAAUAUACCAGAGAUAUAGCAGAGAAUAACUGUUUCGAUGUUUAAAUCUUUAAAAAAUAAUAUAUAUAAAUAGAAAAAGGAAAAACUGCAAACAUAGGUAUUGAUGCACAUAUCGAUGGUUUACAAUUUAGUGUAUACAUAGUAAUAUACCAAAGUUAUUUGGUCUUAACCUGAGGAGAGUUAUUGAAUAUAUAUCUCCUGACUGAAGUUAUUUAACUUUAAGUUUGCAAGAGUGCAACCAAUGAUUUUUUCAUGUAGUAUAGCACGAUAAAUACGUUUGUGUAGUAAUCCAAGUAUUAGCGAAAGACUAGUCUUGUAAAAUUAUAGAGUUUGUUUUUCCAAAGGACCUAACAAAGUGCACUCCCUAAAACCCUUCGUGGUGCAAAUAUAAUGUGAAACAAUGCAUAUCUAAACACAUGAACAUAUCAGUAAACGAUAGCAAAAAAUGUGUAAGAAACAAGUGACUGCACGCUUUUUUGUGUGUCGUGAAAUUAGACAAAGAUUUUGAACGUUUAGUAUUAUCAAAAAGUAACUAUAAAAAGAACACUUUUUAAUGCCAUAACCCACCCUCCCCUUUUUAUAUAUACCGAUUUUAUACACACAACUUGGAAAAAAGGUCACAAAUUAAUUUUACUGUCCUUCCACAAGCAUAUCAUAGAAAAAAAAAGAGAGGAACUCAUUCGAAAUUAUAUACGAAGGAAGAUUAUAUUUAAAUCUCUCCGUAGAGGAGUAAGUCUUAUAAAAGUGCAUUUGUUGUUAGUUGUGCACGUUUUCAAGAGCAAAACUUAUGAUAAUAUUGGCAGGAUUUAGAUAAGCUGAACAGCACUGGAUAACAUAAGCAGUACAUUGAAUCUCAUGGAGGGUUCGUAUAAUAAAGUUGUUAUUGUGUAAGUGUAAUAAAACAUUAUAAGGCAAUUGAAUAUGUAGACAGUAUCUAAGCUAGUAUAAUUAUUUGAUUACAUGUUGUAUUUUCCGAAUGUGUUGCGAAGUAGGCUGUGUGAGGUAUUCUUACGCUCUCCAUACGUGGCACAUGGAUAGCGUAUUAUCGUACCGGUACUAGUGACUAUGAAAAAGUUCAGUUGAUAAUCGAUGUUACACAUAUUUCAGUUUUAGUAAAGGCUUGCGACAUAGUAUAGAACUAGCAAACUGCAUGUGUGUCUGUGCGAUGUGCAUUCGUCUGUAUGGAUGGUACCGAUUGAAAACGAGGCUUUUGAUUGAGGUGAAGCUGAAUCAGGUCAAAUUAUAUGAUUUGAAGACAGAAGUACUAACCUGACUCAGUUUCGAGGUUAAACAAAACAAAUCAUAAAUAACUGAGUGCAGUAAUCUGGUCCAAUUCCGCCACGCUCCUAAUGCCGUGAAACUUGUGAAAAUGGAAUAUAACGUACUAUCUCGUACUAUAAUUUUGAAAAUUCAAUUAAGUUAUAGACAACGUUAAGGUGUAACUAUUUUGAUAGCGUCACUAAAACAAGAUCAACAGAAAUGGAAACCCUGAACCAUCACGUAUAGGUUUCCGUUAGGCAAACUGCAUUCAUUCUCACUGUUAUGAACCCAAGCAACCAUAAGUUGGAGUUGAUUUAAUAAAUUAAUUCGAAUUAAGAGAGAGUUGCCAAAUUCGCAAUAUAUGCAUUUAUGUUGGAGCUUCUUUUAUUGAUUAACCAGCACUGGUAUUCUGGCAUAGAAGUUUUUGGUUACAACGCUUCCGUAUGUAGGGCAAUGUCCCCGGUUGUUGGCCGGGUAUUGUUUUUUUGUUCAUAAUGUUCAUUAAAUACAAAUUUUGUAUGCUAAGUUCUAUAUACCGUUCGAAAGAUGUGACAAAUAGCUUUCCGCCGAAGAAAGUAUAUGGAUUCACUUUUAAAUGAAAAAAGAUAUGAGCAAUGUGACGAGAAUGUUUUUUGACCAAACAGCUUUUAAUUUUCGAUUGUGGGUUACCUAAACAGCUGUAAGAAUUAGAAAUUGUCAUUCAUUACCCUGCUCCGAAUAGUUUCGUUGAUAUGACCCCUCGAACCGGUUCGCCCCGACUGCAUUGAAUUAGGCGGAGCGCUAAGCCUGUUUUUUCUAAAACUGUGUUUUUCAAAUCAAGUGAUAGCAGCGGGAAUACACUAUUUAACUACAGACACUUUAUACACAGACUAGCGAAGUAUCAAAAGUUGCAGCCAAAGGGACUGUCAAAAAGUGCAGCCAAUCGAGCAUGAGGGUUUUGAGAGGGGAAGUGCAAGAGGAAGCCCAUGCAAAGCUUACCCAGUAAAGUUCAGCCGGAAAUGAAAUGGAAUUCUAGCUGGUUCCAGUUCGUAUACGGGCUCCAGUGAC